AAACCUACGCCUGUGACAGUGUCACUGUCAUGUUCAAACUUCAAAGUUGGUGUAAAACACAGCACACGUAAUUAAACUGUAAAGUUGGUUUAGAUUUAAGAUUCUUUCACUUCUUUUCCUUGUUUCAAUCAAAAGAUACUCCAGACAUGACACCUCCUCAUAUAUAUAUUUAUUCAUCCAUUUUAGCUACCUAGCAGAUGCCCUCUGGUCUCUAUGGCAUAUUUUGUAGUACGGAAUUCUUAAGAGACAGAUACAGAUUUUUUCCUUUUGGCUGAAAAAAAUUCUGUCAAAAUCCAGGCCAAAAGCAACAACAACUGCAGGAGUACUUGGGCUAGCUUCCAAUGGCUCAACAGGAAGAAGGAUGGCCACUGGGAUUGCAGCCGGUGAAUGUGAGAAUAGGGAUGGUGAGGCCGAGGAAUCGUCAUUUUUCCGGAUCAACUUCCUUCAACACAUUGCUGAGCGGGUCUCCUAGCUCUGUUUCUGAUUCUUCCUCCUCAGAUUUGGAUACAGAAGUAAGUAAAACUAGAGAUAAAAAUCAGAGAAUUUUUUUGCCUGUUUUUUUUUUUUUUUCACAAAAGAAAGUUUAUUAAUUUUUAACUAGUACUAGUUAAGUUAAACAGUAGUUGAAAUGACAUGGUGGCCAAUAUUCAGUUUGGUUAUUGUUUUCAUCUGUUUUGCUGUCAGUAUUCUGCACUAACUGCUGGUUAUGCCUCCCCUUUUAUGCUCUUCCUGUUGCUCAUAAUUAAGCAGGCCAAUUAAAUAUAAAUUGCCGUUUAUCUUUUACAAAUCACAAUGAGAUGUUUCUUCAGUGCAUAAUUUUUACAUCACAAGUAGUUGAGCUUUUCAUUCCAGUUUGGUCAAAUUUCCUAGUCACACUUUUCAUUAUGCUUCUGCACAAUGGAAAAGAAUUUGUGAGCAUUUUGCCAUUUUCUCCCCAUUUACUCCUGUUACACUUUUAUUUUGCUCCAUUGAAGUCUUAUUGACCUUUCACCUUUUUAUAGCAUUUUCUUCUGAUGAUGCUGACAUCCCCCAUCCAGUCAUUUGUUAAAUUUGGCAUCAAACUUCUGUGAUGCUAUCAUGAAUGAUGAUGAAUGUGCAUUUAACAUUCUUGUCUUCUAAUAUCGUAUCCUCUGGUUUUGAUCUUCCAAUUGCAUUUGAACCCCAGAAAUUGACAGUGCUUUGGACUUUUGUAUGCAUAUGUAUAAGUUGAACGGAAUAUGAUCAUAUUCUACUGAGUGUGAAGCAUUUAUGGAAACAGUACAGGUGGGACAAGAGGGGGUAAAGUGAACUUAUCCAACUGUGAAAUGAUUUUUCUCAAAGAAUACUUCAUCAAGAUACUUCCAUCAGAUGAUACUGUAAAAUUGUAGAUUCAACAAGUUAUUAUCCAAGCAUUUAUGACACUGAGUAUAUGCAGUUUGAUGACACCCUUAAGUACUCGUCUUGGCUGUAAUCUUGCAUCUGGUGCUUCAAUGGCCUCUGUAUUACUUGUAGGAGUUACAAUCUUGAAAGCUAUUAACUUUACGGAACAAUUAGAGCGCAGCACCCAAUAUAACAUAUCGCUGUUCUUCAGCAUUGCAUAUUGUUGCAGGUAUUCAUUAUACUUACUCCAUCCAUCGCCAAAUUACAGUAAACAGGAGGAUCAUUUUGGGAUGUGUUUGAGAGAAGAGAGGAUCUUUGCUUUGGUUAAACUGGAGAAAGUGGUGAAUGAGAGAGUUAGACUGACAUUGGAGUGUAUUAAAGACUUAUCUGAUUGAUCUGUUUUUUCAGGGCCUAAUUUUACAUUACAACAUGGAAGAAAUGGUUCAAAUAAUCAAAUUAGAUAAGUUCCUAAUGCAUCUUAAUUUUGAUAAUUUGCAGUCGACAGGGUCAUUCUUUCCAGACAGAAGCACCACACUAGGAAGCCUAAUUGGAGUUCCAAGAAUAGUAAACCUUCCAAGAAGAUCCAUCAGGGCAUCAUCAUCCAAUAAUAACAGGGAAACCUUAGGAUCCCAGAAAAACUGCAGGCCAUCAUCCAGAACAACCUGGUACUGUUUUUCAUUAUGUCCAACGGACACUACGGACGCAGAGAGUGUCACACGAAACACGACAGCUACGACACCAUCCCUUGCACAUUUUCUUGAAGUGGAAAGAAGGGCUGCUGCUGCAAAUGGAAAUGGAAAUGGACACAGAAGGAGCCAUAGUAGUUCAGUUUUGUAUGGCCAAAUAAGUUCUGACGAUUACCGGAUCAAUCAAAAUACAUUGUUCGUAAACGGGCUAAUUGCUCCUCCUCCUUCAGCAGUACAACAAUCUUCUUCAAGUUCAGCAAAUGCAGCAGGGGUUAAUGCCAGAUUCGGCAGAAAUAUUGGAGGGUUGGACUUUGAACAGCGCAGUACUGGGCAGUUUCCAUGCAUGUGCGGAUGAUUUCUUUCUAAUUAAAACAUUUUUCUAUAGGUCUUAAUUUCUGCCCCACAAGAAGAAGCAGCAGAAGAAGAAGAAUUAUCAUUUCAUUUUGGGUGAGUUCUUUGAUUUUGGAAACUUGUGAGUUCAUGAGAGGAUCAUCCUGCUCCUCGGCAAUUCUAGAGGAUGAGUAUUGCUUAUAUGCCUUAUUCAUUUUGGGUUAAUUUCAUUGAUUUUCCCUGAGGUUUUUGCAAACUUCGGAUUGCUUCCUAAUUUUGUUCAAUUUCUCAUGAACACUCCUCAAAAAUCAGCAUAGGUUUAUCUGGGAGAAGGGAUAAGAGUGAAAGUGCAACGUCAACCUUAAAAAAUAUUUUAUUGGAUGUGGCAUUUGUGAUCGUAAUACUGUUAACAACAUCAAUUACGCCAUGGCAAAGUUGUUAGAGGG